UUUCGAGGAGGGUUUUAAGGCUGUGAGUGAAAGGUGUAAAAAUGUCGUCGAACGAUUUUAAAUUAUGAUAAAGGCUACAUUUAAAGCACUGCAGAAAAAAUGGAACUCGUACAAAUAUAGAUUUGUACCGUGGAUUGCUGUAAACUUGGGUAAAAAUGAAAGAACUCUGCGCCAGGUCAUGGACCGGACUCAGGACAAACUUGUCUCUGAUGAAGAGAUUUCAGCCUCCUUGAGAACUUUUUUCCGGGCCCUGUUUAAAAGCAGUCUCCAGAGGCAGCAGGAGGUUUUAAGUGUACUUCCAGACUCAUUGCGAUCCACUUACCAAGCUUUUCCAUAUACCAUUGAGACACAGAAGAGCCUUGAUGGACAUCAUGACCCAAGUAAAGUUAUGCUUGAAACAAUGGGGUUUAGUAUCCAUCGAGCACCUAGUUCUCUCCAAUCUGCUGGAACUGGGGUCUUUAUUUCCGCAGGGACAGUUCCACAAGGUGCCACAGUAGCCAUGUAUCCAGGUACUGUCUAUUAUGCACAUGAGCCCAUCUUUUUCCAAUCCAUCCGCAAUCCAUUUAUUUUUCGCUGUAUCGAUGGUGUACUUGUUGAUGGCAAUGACAGAGGCAUUUCAAAAGUUGUGUUUCGGUCAUGCAGUGGAAGGGAUAGGCUGGGCCCUUUUCAGAUGAGUGACACCAGUUGGCUCACAACCAUUCCACAGAACCCGCUGGCUGUGGGACAGUAUGUGAACAACUGCUCUAAUGAAAAGGCUGCAAAUGUAUGUUAUCAAGAAUUCGAUGUGCCAGCAGAAUUUCCCCUAGAACUUUGCCAGUUCCUUCCCAAUGUGAAUUACAGGCAUGAGGUACAAAGGCCUUUGAGGUGUGUUGUUCUUGUGGCACUGAGAGAAAUUCACCAAGGGGAAGAGCUCUUCUCAAACUACUACACCAUUGUACAUUAAGAGUGUCUGUUUCCACAUGAAAAAAAUCUUUGACAGGGUUUUCAUACUAACAGAAGUUAUUGAAAUAAAUGAUCAUAAAUGAAUUGACCUUUUUAAACCGUU